AUGGGUAUCAAAGUGACUCCAUUUGUUCAAGCUAAUCGGUUCUUAAGGAGGUCUUCAACAAAUGGAGAUGUUCCAAAAGGACGUUGUGCAGUACACGUAGGAGAGAGCCACAAGAAAGAGAUUCGUCGUGCAAGUGUCUUACUUGAGCCAGCUUUAUUUCAAGACUUGUUAGCUCAGGCUGAAGAAGAGUUUGGCUUUGAUCAUCCGAUGGGUGGUAUUACAAUACCUUGCAAGGAGGAUGUGUUCGUUGAUCUUACUUCACGCUUAAGAAGAUCAUGA